AUGAUCUUUCAUAUAUCACUACAGUAUGUGGGAGGAGCUGCGAACACCGUUCCCUGGGACCAAGCUCCUGGUGCUGUCGUAAAAGCCCGAGAUUUCAUAGGUACACGCACAUCUCAGGCCAUAGGAAGUCGUGUAGAGUUCAACGAGGUUUUGAGUGCCGCGUACAUGGAGGACCAGAAGAUGUCGUUCCAUACCGAUGACGAACCAGGGUUGGGACCAACUGUUGCUGGUCUAUCUUUAGGAUCCCCCGCGCUGAUGCAUUUCAGACGCCGUGGACGGGGACCCUCCGGUAAACAUGAGUCUGUCCUUACUGUCGUUCUUCGUCAUGGCGAUGUCUUGGUCAUGCAUGGGAACGGUGUGCAAAAAAAUUACGAGCACACAGUGGUACCGGUUGACUUUCGAAUUGCAGCUACUGCAAGAUACAUAGAUCCUAAGCGGAAGUUGAAAUAG